AUGCCUUCUACCACCGCUGGGCCUGGCACGACAACCACCACCACCACUGCUGCUCCUGCCACGACGGCCACCACUACCAGCGCUGCUCCUGCCACAACGACCACCACCACUGCUGCUCCUGCCACAACGGCCACCUCCACCACCUCCACUGCUCCUGCCACGACGACCACCACCACCACCUCUGCUGCUCCUACCACAACAACGACCACCACCACCGCUGCUCCUGCCACAACAGCCACCACCACCUCUGCUGCUCCUACCACGACAACGACCACCACCACCGCUGGUCCUGCCACAACAACCACAACCACCUCCGUUGCUCCUGCCACAACGGCCACCACCUCCGCUGCUCCUACCACGACAACGACCACCACCACCGCUGGUUCUGCCACAACAUCCACAACCACCUCCACUGCUCCCGCCACAACGGCCAUCACCACCUCCGCUGCUCCUACCACGACAACGACCACCACCACCGCUGCUCCCGCCACAACGGCCACCACCACCUCCGCUGCUCCUACCACGACAACGACCACCACCACCGCUGGUCCUGCCACAACGAUCACCACCACCUCUGCUGCUCCUGCCACAACGGCCACCACCUCUGCUGCUCCUACCACAACAACGACCACCACCACCGCUGGUUCUGCCACAACAUCCACAACCACCUCUGCUGCUCCUGCCACAACAACCACAACCUACUACCACCACGACCACCACCACUACUGCAGCUCCUGCCACGAUGUCAGCUACCACCACCACUGCAGAUCCUGCCACAACAUCAACUACCACCACCACUGCUUCGACACUGACCACCACUACCACUCCUGCCAUGACGUCAGCUACCACCACCACUGCUACGACGUCGGCCACCACUACCACGGCCACUCCUGCCACGACAUCGUCUACCACCACCACUGCCAUAACGAGUGCUACCUCAACGACAGCGGAUGUCUCCUCCACUGCACCUGGUGGCUCUUCCACCACUGCAACGGGCACCUCCUCCUCUAUGAGUGCUGGCUCAUCCACAACCAGUAG